AUGUCUAUCAAGACUCGGAUAGCGUCAAUUUGUGCCGAAAGGUUUAAAGUUGUCGUGUUUGAAACAAGGCUUUCAAAGUUUGGUUUUCUUUUCUUUAUUGAGAAAGAAAAGUUCAGUUAUUUAAAUGUGGCAUUCCCUGUAAAGACAAUUGUGGCCAUAAUAGGUUUCUUUCCCCAAUCAAAGGCGGGCAAGGCCCUCGGCAAGGCCCUCGGCAAGGCCGGCACGCAGCUGGAGCUGGAGCGCUGCAUUCGACGCAGCCGCCGCAUCCGCAACAUGCCGCCCAGCUUCCAGGCCCUGGAGCCCGCCAGGAAGCCCCGGAGACGCACCAACAGCACCGAGAGCCCCGUGGAUGUGCUGCCCAACGAGCUGCUGAUGCAGGUGUUCCGGCACCUGGACAUGAAGUCCCUGGUGGCGGCCAGCCAGGUGUGCCACCGCUUCCGCGACGCCGUGCUGACGGGGUGCGUGUGGCGGGGCCGCACGCUGUCCUGGAGCGGCGACGACCGCCAGGCCUCGCAGACCGUCAAGACCGUCAUCAACAUCCUGCGGCUGGCGCCGUGCCUGGACACGGUGAACCUGCGCCACGUGCCGCUGUCGCUGGGCCGCACGCUGCUGCAGGGCCGGCUGCGCGCCGUGCGCUCCCUCAAGGUGUCCGACCAGGAGGUGUGCACGUGCAACAUCGCGCGCGUGCUGCGUCGCUUCGGCGCCACGCUGCAGCACCUCGACCUCAAGCUCAAGAUGACGGACAUGUCGGAGCAGCGCGUGCUGGAGCUGUGGGAGAGCGUGAACCAGAUGAAGCAGCUUCGGUCGCUGCGGCUGGCGGGCUACCUGCCGUGCCGCCUCACCUACAGCUUCCCCACGCGGCUGCUGCCGGACCAGACCCUGGUGGCGCUGGACCUGCACGACUUCGAGGCGGACCACGCCGUCACCAUGCUGUCGCUCAUCGCGGCGCACAACACCACCAUCGCGAGGCUCACGCUGCCCGACUCGCUGAGCGAGGACGAGUCGCGGCGCGCGCUGGACAUGCUGCGCGUGGCGGAGGACAUCGACAUGCCCAUCGGCGGCCACAUCGCGCACCUCAACGGGCUGCCGCUCAAGCGGCUCACGCUGCGCCACAAGGACGAGUCCUGCUCCAGCCGCUUCCUGGAGAACGCGUCCGAGUGCACGGCGCUGGGCGGCGUGGAGGAGCUCUGCCUGUCGUGGAGCGACGGCGACCUGCGCGACCCCGUCCUGUCCAGCCUGGCCGCGCUGUGCCCCGAGCUGCGCGUGCUGCGCCUGCACAACAUGUGCGACGACAAGGCGCCCGGCCUCAUCGAGACCGUCAUGGAGUUCAGCCAGAUCCAGGAGCUGCAGCUCGACAAGUUCUACCCCAUGGACGUGCAGUUCGUGGACGAGCUGGCCAUGGGCGCGCUGCCGCUGCUGCGCCGCCUCACGCUGCGCGACGUCCUGAUCGGCGUGCCCCACGCCAGCCCCGCGCGCUGCCCCACCAACCCGUGCUACGACCACCACUUCGACCGGCUGUCGCACCACCGCCAGAACCUCACGUUCGUGUUCCACGACUUCCCGGAGUGCUGGCACCGCAAGUCCAGCAUCGAGCACCGCCUGGCCUGCUCGUGCGGCCGCUGCGCGCGCUUCUACGCCCACAUGGCCGCCAACUACAACGACGGCGUCAUGCCGGCCUUCUGGGAGCCGUAGGGCCGCGAAGCGCCGCGGCCCGCAUGGAAGUCAAGGCCACGGCCAAAGGCCACGGCCUUGUUUUGUUUUCUUAUUCGUCACUUUUGCAUGUAGAGGCCUCGAACCCAGGCGUUGGAAGCGAGGCCAUGCAAUCGACUGCAUUUUUAUUUCUUCGUUUUCGGCAUGGAGUGUCAUCCACUCAAAAUGUCGACGGGGGGCGCCAUAUGGUUGAAAACGUAGCGUGUAAGUACAUAUAUAUAUAUUGGAAGUCUUCAUCUGAUUAACUUUAGCAGAAGUCUUUCUUGUUUUAUCGUUUUGUCCCGAAAGGGAAAAAUAUGGUCGGCGGUGAAUCCAUUGAUUGCUAGCUAAAAAUGUUCUUGGAAGAAAAAAAAUACGUACGUUAAGGGUUUGGAGCUGGGGGAGUGAUUUAAUACUUGUUUUUGUUUUCAAAUUUUUGUUCGAUGCGUGUUUAUUCUUGUGUUUAUUACAAGAGGGAUCCAAGCUCUUGCCUUGGCCUCAAGUCACAGUUGGUUGUGAAUUAAAUUUACAUCAGGGGCAGAUGGCUCCUUCCAAACCUUCUGCCUCUGAUGUGAAUCACUUUCUACUUAGAGGUUGAUCUUCUAAAUGGUGUCAGAAAUGGAAAUAUUUGGUGGUACAUUUAAAUGAAAGUUCUAUUGACUGGUAUAAAGUUAUUUCUUGUUAUACUCGAUUUUUCUGUAAAUAUUUAGCCUUCCCUUUCAUCUGUUUAAUACUUAAAGAAACAACUGCAUUCUUUAAUAGCAUUUGUAAGUUCCUGGAAGGAGAUGUUACUCCUACCUUCUUUUGUACAAAGUGUAAAUAAACACAGUUUCCUUCAAGGAAACCAGGUCCACUGACUCCACAAAAAGGUAGACGCUGUCCGCCACUACUGCUCUGCAGUGUGGUUAAGCAUAGUAGUUUUAACUAGAAAAUAGUGUGUAAAUUGGAACUAUGUUCCUAUGUCAUCGUGGUUUACAAGGAAAUUAGGUUUGUCUCAUGUAGCGGCGCUACCCGCGGCUGCUUUGCAGUGUGGUUUGCAGCCCAAUGAGUAAGUAAACUAGUCUAGUAUUGUUUAGUGAGUCCUGUUUGGUUUAUUUUCGAUUCAUUUUCGAUUCAUUCGAACUCUUGGCGCCGAAGGGACCCCCAGGUAACCGCUUGUUCCGGGUGGCCUGAGGCCUCGCCUGAGGCCUCGCCUGAGGCUAGGCGGGUCACGCGGGAACCACGUAGAUUAAUUGUUCCGGGCGUUGGGCUAACAACAGGACGGGAGGGUUGCCUACGGUUGGUCUACCACGGUGGGGUAGGCAACCCAUCGCGGACGUGUGUGAAGCCUAACACUCGGUACAGCUGGUUGGCUACAAAGUUUCCAAAAUGUUUAGAAUAGUCUGACUACUUUUGUUCUCCAAGCACCGACAGAAGCAGUGGGUGACAUUAUUGUAAUUUGUUCAGGGAGGAAUGAAUGGCCUCGCGCGAGUGAACAAAAUAUUGUAAAUACAUGAAUAAAUAGUUGUAAGUCUGUAAAGGAAUGCACGACGGUCUUGAGCGUAGUUAAGCUCCUCGCAGGCCAAAGUGAUGUUGGCUGUCUCAACUUUUAAUAAAGACUUAAGUGAAAAGUGAUAGUAUCAAAGAUAUAGUUCAGUUAUGACUCGUGACUUGGACCCAUAAGGCCCUUUUGUGCACAUUGGUUGUGGACAAUUGUUCAAAUACAUAUUUUAGCAUUUGACCUGUUUAGACAUGGGUGGUUUAAACGGAACGUAUACGAACCUUAAAAUGUUGUAAAUUGUAGCUAAACACAUACAUACUGCGAAUACUCAAGUGACGAAAACUCCCUUUCCUCUUCUGUGAUGUUUGCUUUCGUUCAAUAAUUAACAGACCUUGUACUGUAAAAAAAAAUCAUAAUUCAUAAUCUAUUUGUGUCUUAAUUUACUCUCAUACUUGCAUUUCUUUGUGUGAUCGACUCAAAUGCUCAUGCAAUAUAGACGCAACCGAAAAAAAAUGCGCGAAAAAAUAAAAUAAACGUGUUUUCUUUUUUAUAAAA